AUGCUUAAACUGAUUGCGAAUUAUUUCGAACCUAAUGAUUUUCUUUCAGGAAACAAAAAAAAGAGUCCGAAAAUAGUUGAAAACAAAGAUACUGCCUCCUCUAUACCAACAGCAUCUGCCAUCGCCGAUGAACCACUUGAUCUUGCCGACUUAGAUCUAUCUCGUUUGCGUUUGAGUAAAAAAGACUUAGAAACGCUCUCGAGCAUAACACCCGGUCUACCAAAAUGUUUCCAAGAACAACUUCUUGCCAAAUUACCACCAACCCAAGCCCGAAAGUUAUCCCGUACUUUAUCUAUGCAAAAUAGCACACAUGUUCCUACUGUUCGAGUUUACAAAAGGAGUCAAAGUGGUGGCAGAAAUAUGACUACCGUAGAAUCGGACAGAUUUAUCCCAGCUGAAAUGAGAUCGGAGGUGGAUAACAAAUCCAAUAACAAUAAUAACGACUCAAAAUCGAACUUCCUCAAGCUAAGUGAUAGUUCCCGUGAAGAAGGUUCCGACCGAAGCCACAGCCUGAUCUACAGGCGGAGUUUGAGCAGGGGUCGUUCAGACUAUGAGAACGUUCAAGACCUGAAAAACAGAAGCCACAGCGUGUGUCGGGUAUCUGAUGACACCAGCAAAUCACUAUGCUCAUCGUAUUCAAGUGACGUAAGCGAAAAAUACAAAUACUACUCGCCAUAUCUAACUAAAGGACGAGAUUCAGAGAGUUCCUCAAUAUCCCCCUACAAACGUUACGAAAGUAUAUCGCCUCGUGAGAGCUGUUUAAGCCCCACAAAAGAGUUCAACAAUCGUUCGGUGGGAGAGUGCAUGUCGCCGACUUCAGAGAGCCAAGGGACUCUUUCCAGUCAUCGCCGAUAUGCCAGGUACCUCCGGCAAGAAUCUUCCGGUGCAAAUAUGAUGGACGAAAAUCGCUCGAGCAUCGAGAAGAAGCCACGAGAACGUGAGACUCACAGUAUGUUAAGAGAAAUCAAAGAAAAGAGCCGUGAAUCUAGCCGAGACAGAUUGAGCCAGAGCAUGGAACUCGAUCCGACACUUGGUGAAGUUGAAAGAAUACCAGAACCAAAUCCAGUGCGUCAUGUUCGUAACAAAAGCCUUGAGAUAUACGGUGAGCCAAAAGAAGCCCCCAUCCGCACUCAUCUUCGCUCUAAGUCGAGAGAUUUACCGGAUAACGCCCUUCAAAAAGAGGAAAUUGCCUCGAAGAUCUUGGAAGAGCUGCAAGCUCUAUCCUCUGCAAAGACACGAAAAGAUAAAACAGAAGAAACUUCAAAUAAUACUGCCUCCCGUGAAGUCACAUCCGAGAAGGUUACCGUAAAGAAAAUAAGAAAAAUCAAACCCAAAGAAAAACUCAUUGAUUCAAGCGCUGGUGAGGCGGCAGGGCCAGCGUCCGCUCCCGCACUCGGUGCGGAUAAAGAAAUUAAGACAACUGUUGUGAAAAAGGUUAAAAAAGUCAUUAAACGUACUGAAACCAAAGGAGGAGAAGAAAAGACUAGAGCACUACAAACUGAGUCAUCCACUUCAAAGUCUGAUCUGGAGAAACCAAAACGAGAAUCUAAACUUAAGCGUCCCAAAUCCUUCCCCACCAAAGAAGGCGAAAAGUCUUCUUCUGACCCGAAUGUUACUGAAAAUAACGAUAAUUCUACAAUCGAAUCGAAAAUUCCACAAGUUAAGACUGCCAAUAUUGACACAUCGCCAGAGGGUCGUAGCGAGCCUAAAUUGAUAAGACCAAAGAGCUAUCCCGCCUCAAAAUUGACUCCCCCCAAAGACAUCAAGCGAAUACUUUCUAGUCCCCCAGAAAAGGAUUCAACAAUCAAACAAAUUCCUAAGCGCUCAAGCGUAUCUGAAGAAAAGUCUAUAAUUGCCAAAAGUAGUGAUUCGUCAUCGCCGAUUGAAAACAAGCCUACAACAACGACGAUUAAGAGAGUUGUCAAAGUUACAAGAAAAUCCAAAAUCACUAGCCCCACACUCACGCCAAAGAUACCUGCAGAUCCUGACUCUAAAACAGCAGAUGGUAUUUCUUCCGAGUUGAUGGGACUUAAGGACAAAUCUCCCGAGAAAAAAGUCGGCAAAGGUCUACUCUAUGCGAUCGGCCAGAAGUUCGAGAAGCUCCGAGAUUCAGCCAAGAGUCAGAAAAAGGUCGCCACCAAGGUAACAACCAGUGCUAAUGCCUUGAACUUAACGACUCCAGAUGAAGUGCCAAAAGAGAAGAUAACCCUACUGAAGAAGAAGAAAGCUAAAUCCACCGGAGAGUGUAGCCAGAGCGAGAAGAAUGAUGAAAAGACUGAUGAAAAACCCACAAAGACAGAAACCCGUCGUUCGAGAAUCGACGCGAUGAUAAGAUCGCUUCGUGAUCGUUCUGUACCCCGAACUCCGGUCCUAACCGAAUCGAAUCUCAUCAAGAGGGCUGUGAGUGUUGAAGAAAUGCCCGGGACAUUCAACAAAUGUGCUGUCAAUCGAGUUCUAGGUCUCUUCAAGAGAUUCGAAAAAGAUGGCGGUGGUGAUAGAAAAGUUCGCAGUACGCGUUCGACGAGCAACAUUGAAAGACAACUGCACAAAUCUGAAUCACCGAUCUACCAGAACCGUGAUCGUCCCAAGUCAAGUGGUUUUCUCUCAAAGGUUACAAAGAAUUCAAACAAUGUCAUUUUGGUGAGUAAAUCAGAAGAUCAGAAUGGCUAUCAACCACAGGUGCACAUCUUAACAAAGAAAAAGGAACCUCUGACCGAUGUAUGCCCUGACUGCAAGCAACAAGACCAAGAACCCAACAAAAAUGUUCCCAAAACCCUCGAGAAAGAGGAACAGCAACAAACUGCCAAAGUCACAAAAGAUAACAUUAAAGACAAACGGAAAACUUUAGUUCUGGACUUUACCAAGCUCGAUAAGAUUGACAAUAACCUUGCCUCGGCAAUGCGUCAAAACUCAACGAUCAAUGGCAAUACCGUCCAUAAUGCAUCAUACAACGAUAACAACGCAUGUAACAACAACAACAUAAGGAUAUCAUCUAACGAAAUUAACCGCAACCACAUUUACACCCCUCAAAAUGACAAUGCCACAAAUUACUCCUCGGACUCGAGGAGCUAUCAAGAUGAUUGCGCUUCAACGAGUACGUUCCUAUCGCCUACGGAUGAACCUGAGCUCUGUUUCGACAAUUGGUCGGUAUGUUCAGAAGACAACUACAUGUUAGCCACCCCAUCACCAACUGUGUCCCGUCUAUCGAGGACAUCUCACUACUCGUCGCCAACACACCCGUCCGAUGGAAACGAGAGUGUCAUUGAUCGCAUAAAGCGACGAAGUUUCUACAGUAGGUUCAAUGAGAAACGCCCAAAGCGUCAGAGCACGAUUGUUGGGCCAGGAGCUCGUGAUUACUAUCGGGAAUCUACUAGCAAACCCAAACAAUCAACCGACCGACAACCUUCACCUGAUAUCACAAAGGAAUUCUUCAGACCUCUUAAACUAAGUCCAGCCGGAAGCGAACUUAAGCCACCUGUUUAUAGAUCAACCACAGCAAAUACAUCAUCAUCCGACACAACAAAGUCAUCGAGAAGAUUUGAAAAUCUGCACUCAACGUCUUCACCUAGCUUCAUUUCGAAGCGUUAUACCACCACCACAGAUAAUGAUUAUCUAGGAAGCUCCCUAACACGAACCACCAAACCAACAAGUACUUAUGAGCAAAAUGGUUCCUCGUCGAAAAUUCAGCCCGCAUCAUUUUAUAGUACUUAUAAUCCAAAACGAAGAUCCUCGUACAAUUUAAACGGCAGUGUUCCAGGUACGGGGAGUGUGAUGGCCAAUCAUAAUGUCGAUGGAUAUGCAACGGUUGGUAGACGUUCUACUCUAAGGCCAUAUGAUCAUCGGACAAUGUCUUUGCUCGAUCCGAUUGGACAAAAUUCGACAUCGAUGAUUGGAACUUAUAGACGAGAUUAUAGGACUCCGAUUGGUGGUGAUAUCGGAAAUUUCUCAAGGUAA